AUGGCAAACACCACGACAACCAAUGCCCUGGCCGAGCUCGUGGCCUCGCGGAACGACGGCAAGGCCCACCUGCUCCUCGCAGCAUCCGGCUCCGUGGCAACCAUCAAGAUCCCAAACAUCAUCACCGCGCUGACCCGUGCCCACCCGCCAUCCACCCUCUCCAUCCGGCUGAUCCUCACCUCGUCGGCCUCCAACUUCCUCGCCGGCCAGUCCGCCGAGCAGCCGCCCCUGGAGUCCCUGCUCGCCAUCCCGGGGCUGGACGGCAUCUACCACGACGGCGACGAGUGGGGCCGCGGGCCGUCCGUCGGCCCCGAGGAGGGCGUGUGGCGCCGCGGCGCGCCCAUCCUGCACAUCGAGCUGCGCCGCUGGGCCGACGUCCUCGCCGUGGUGCCCCUGAGCGCAAACACCCUGGCCAAGGUCGUGGGCGGCAUCUGCGACAACCUCCUGACGAGCGUCGUGCGGGCGUGGGACGCGGACGGGCGUGUCGACGGCCGGAGGAAGAGGAUCCUGGUGGCCCCGGCCAUGAAUACGGCCAUGUGGCUCCACCCCAUUACAGCAAAGCAGAUCCGCGUGCUCACCGAGGACUGGGGUGUAAUCGAGGCCGCAGACGGGACGAUAGAGUCGGGCUGGUUCGAGGUCUUACGGCCACAGGAGAAGAGUCUUGCCUGUGGGGACGUUGGGGAUGGUGCCAUGAAGGAGUGGACUGAGGUUGUUGGGAUAAUAGAGGCGAGGCUGGGUUUGGGAUCGAAUCAAUGA